CGAAGCUGACAUGGCGUCUGCUAAAAAGUUAACCGUUGAAACUAUGUAAAUUUUGUUAUCUUAAGUGGUCAGAAUUAACAGAGAUAUGAAAAUGCCAGGAUUUAUGGUGCGGAAGGUUAUAGUCGGAAUGUCUGGAGGUGUUGACAGUGCCAUGGCGGCACUUAUUUUAAAGAAAAGAGGAUAUGAUGUUCAUGGACUCUUCAUGAGGAACUGGGAUGUGGCCAAUGAGACUGGAAAAUGUUUGGCUGAUGCAGAUUUUGAAGAUGCCAAAAUGAUAUGUGAACAUCUCGAGAUACCACUUCACCAGGUCAACUUUGUCAAGGAAUACUGGAAUGGAGUAUUUAGUGAACUGAUAAAAGGAUAUGAAAACGGAACAACACCAAAUCCAGACAUCAUGUGUAACAAGGUGAUCAAAUUUGAUGCCUUCUUUAAACAUGCUUUUGAGAGACUGGGAGCUGACGCCAUAGCAACAGGUCACUAUGCCCGUACAUCCUGUGGGUACGACCUUGAAACAGUUGAUCCAGCUAAAGGGGUGAAGCUGUUGACAGCUGCUGACAACACCAAAGACCAAACCUUUUUUCUGUCACAAAUCUCCCAGAGUGCAUUGCAGAGGUCUUUGUUUCCUAUAGGAGACCUCACUAAAGAUUUUGUCAAGAAAAUAGCCUGUAAUGCAGGUUUAGAGAAAAUAGCUAAGAAAAAAGAAAGUAUGGGUAUUUGCUUUAUUGGUACAAGGAAUUUCCAGAACUUUAUCGAAGAGUAUAUAGAGCCAAAGAAGGGCAGGUUCCUUCAUGUGGAAACAGGAAAAGUUAUGGGCUAUCAUAAAGGCACUCACUACUGGACAGUUGGACAGAGGGCCCAGAUAGCUGGACAGGACCUCCCAUACUUCGUCUCCGAGCUUCACCCUCGCACUCAAGAUGUCAUAGUUGCACCAGGAACCGACCACCCUUCCCUGUUCACCCAGACCCUCUUCACAGAACCACCCCACUGGAUCAGGGGGACCCCACCAUCACAUGAUCACAUGUUCACAGCAGGGUUUCGGUUCCAGAGUGUACAUCCCAUAAUCCGCUGCACAGCUACCCUGUCUGGUUCCAACUGCCUCAUCGUCAGUAUUGAACUGCCUCUGCGAGCUAUAACAGCCGGGCAGUAUGCUGUCUUCUAUCGGGGGGACGAGUGUCUGGGAAGUGCCAGGAUCUUACGACCAGGACCAUCUCUGUUUACACUUAACUAUGGAAGUCGAGUUGAUAUACCCAAGGAGUUCAGAUAGUGUUGUUGUGAAAGCACUAGCUCACCUUUGUCAUUUGUGGACUGCGCAUUUAGACAGUUUCAAUGAUUUGCUUUGUUAAAUCAAGCUGCUAAACUUUACUUUUUAUAAUAUGUAAACAGUACCCUUUAAGCCCAGCAAACACAACAGUAUAUUUGGUAAAUCAGGGAUAGACACGAUCAUUUGUCCUUAAGUCUGAGUUUAGCCAACAUCCAGGAGAAAUAGUUGUUUUCCAUACACAACUGGUCCAACAUGACCUGUGGGGACUGCCUGGGUUCAAUCAACGAUGUCUAAUCUGUUAAUAUGACAUAAAGACAGGAAGAAGUAUGAUGGCUUACGUUGUGGAAAAUAUGUUUAAAUCAGUUUGGGAUGUCUAAGGGUCUAUUUUCAUAUGGUGUGAUGACUUAGAGGCUGUCUCAGAAGUUGUAUUUAUGUCAGAUAAAAAGUGAGUUCCUAAAGAGAGAGCAGUAUCAAUGGACAAAUAUUGUAUAUCCAAAUUUGGGAAGCAUGGUUUAAAGGCAAAUUUGUUUAUUUAGAACUUUAACAAGACCCCAAGUUGUAGAAUUCUGAAUAUAGAUGAGCUUCGGUGCCUCUAUUUAUUCUGAAACCAUCUGUUUCAUAAUGUCCUCAUUAUGACUGAUGUGGGGGUCUGGGUUUUAUGGGUUGUCCAGUCUCAACAUCAGACAUCGAACUUCUGAACCACUCCCUGCUGUCACAGGGCCUAGAUUUUCGAAGCUCUCUUAACGCUAAGAUAGUCGUAAGGUGCCAUACAUUGAUAUUAACUUACGACUAUCUUAGCGCUAAGAGAGCUUCGAAAAUCUAGACCCUGGUGUCUUUUCUUUAAGACAGAUGUUACAAUCAGCUUGUCUGUUACAGUCAACAUGUAAGACACAGAUGUCAUGUGAAGUGUUGUACUAUUACCAGGUAAUGUUCUAUUCCAUGGUUGACUGAGGACAUAUAUGAGCUACAAUGUGAUAGAUGUACUGGUACAGAACUUCUUAGAGAGUAUUUUUGGUGGAUGUGUGAGAAUGAUAUAUGUGUUAUUUAUUAAGAGGGGUCAUAUUGUUUGACUCAAGUAUGUGUAAAUAAACAGUAGCCCUUAACAAGGAAGAGUCAUUUGUUUGUGUUCUUCAGCCCAAAUCUAAUAAAGUUCUGUUCAGUAA